AUGAGGCUUUCUCAUGAUUACAGUGGAGACACUAACACAGAAACUCAUGCUGACGGUGAUGCUGACGGUGAUGCUGACGGUGAUGCUGACGGUGAUGCUGACGGUGGUGCUGACACUGGGGAAUACGUAAGCGUCAGGGGCAACAGUUGUGGCAGCUCUCAGGACGUCUCUCUUCUUAGUAAGUCAGAGCCCCAUCAUAUGGGCUCCAUAGCCACUGACUUGAUGGUCCGCCAAAGCUCUUCAAAUAAGAACAUCAGGGAAGCGUUCUGUGCGACCUGCGACAGUCCGCACGGCACGAGGAUGCUAGACGCUCUUGAAGUGUCCUGUGUGGUGUUCUCCUUGCUGCCUGGUGGCGUCCGAGGGCCCGUGGGAUCUCCGUUAGGUAUCCUGAAGAUUGUCGUUUCCCUGAUCAUGGCAAUCAUUCUCGGGAGCGCGUACCUUAUUGUCCAUAUGCGCUACUUUACGACGAGCAGCAAAAUGACGACCUUAAGUUCUACAACAAGAUUUAGUGAGGCAGUUUACGCCUACUGUUUGUCUCUUACGGCCUGGAUCAUUGUCACAUCCUUCUGGACCAAGUCAAAAACCGUGGCCCUUCACCUCGACACCGUCAAGAAACUACAAGUGGGAAGAUUUGAUAAGAAAUCGUAUGCUCUGGGUAUUGUGAUCUUGCUUCCAGUUUUGAUCUGCGGUGUAAAUUUCUCGGAUUUGUAUGUGUUUUUUAUGAUAGACAACACACCUCUGUGGCUGCUUAUUAUAUUUUUAAUAUCACACGUAUGGCUAACAUUCAUCCUGACGCUGCCAAUAUUCUUUUAUGUAAUUCUCGGGAAGUGUAUCAUUGAGGCAUUUACUGAAAACAACACUGCACUUUCCCAGGCUCUUUUGGAAGGGGACCAAGCAUCCAUUAGCGUCAUUAAAAACCAGUAUUUUGCUCUUCGAAAACUGUAUAAUGAGUUAGAAAGCAUCUUAUCUCUACCCAUGUUCUGUGUCAUAGUCUAUUUUCUGUAUUCGCUUAUCAACACAAUCUUCUACGUGGUCGGUACCUUAGAAGUCGGCAGUUUGAACGCCGCCUUCCUAGCCCUUACAGCAGCUCAGUGUUGUUCCCUGACGACCCUGGUGCUCAUAGGGCAUACCGCCGACACCAUCACAAGCAAGGCUGCAGCACCAAUGAUGAUACUGAUGGAGGCGGAACAGAGAAGCGACUGCAGCGUAGAACCGAUUUUCUGGACUCAAAGACACCAUCAGGUGACGACUCCUGCUACAUCCUAG